AUACAUUUUAAUGAAUCUUUAAACCUUUGACAAUUAUGUUUCACAGUACUUUUAUGUUUUGCUUCACUAUUUACCUCAUGGCAUCUGAAAUUAGUUACGUUGAUCUAUUUAUCUUAUUUUUAGUUUACAUUGUAAUUCUUGUAUUACAUGACUUUACCAAAAGAAUGUCUGCAAUAUCAAAUGUUGGGGUUGUAAUCAUUCUAAAAUAAACAGAAAAAUGAUUUAAAUGCACAACAGAACUUUGUGACAUUUCAUUGUAGAAGUUAUAAAUGGUUUAUUAAAUUAUAAAAAUCGCCUAAACUUGCCCAGAAACAACUUUGUACCAUUUGUUUUUAAGAAGUAUGUAGAUUGUAACCAUUCGCGUAGUUUUUGCUUUUAGUUGGUUUUUCGUCAGAAAUUUAAUUUAAUUGUUGAUGCUGCCCUUUUGGGAGACACUAAUGGAUCUCAGUGGAAUGUCUGUUAUAUUUUUUUCAACAAUAAUAAUAUUCACUUAUCCAGUAUCAGCUAUAGAAAAUGUGUAUAUCACAAUACAAAAGUUAAAGAUUGAAGAAAUGAAAAAAAACUGUGGUUUAUAACAUAGUUUUGAAACGUAUAUGCACAUACUACGGUACUGUACGAAAAAGGGAUAAAAGCUAUCCUGAACAAUUUAAUAUCCACCAGGACCAGCAAUAUUAACUAUUAUUCUUUUGGGUUAUCCUCCUUACACUGUUUAAUUAGAUGCUUCGAAUGCUUAUACAUAUUGCGUACUGAUUAGAUUUUAAAUGCUGGACUACCAGAUUUCAUAGGCAACAAUUUGAAGAAAAAAAAAGAUAUAUUCAAAAGGAAUUUAAAAAUAAAAUGGGCCUAUUAGUUGAUUAUGUAAAACAAGGAAAAGGAACAUUCAAUGAUGGGAACACGGCCAGGAAAUUUCCAGAAGCAAAACAACUUUUGGAAGAAGAAAUGGAUUUGAAUCUAUAAAAGGUAAUGAAUAAAUAUUUAUAUUAAAUAAUAAGAUAAGUACAAAAAUGACAAAAAUAAGUAUUAUUAUAUAAACAGAUACCUUCUGAGAACAAUUCAUAAUAAAUAUUUAACAUAUGUUACUGAUUUCAUACUUAGUUGUACCAAUGUCCAAUGAUACUAUGCGCUCGCCCCACUGUGCUACGUGUCUCUGGCGGUGUAUGGGAGCUCAUAUAUGCAGUUCGGUGCAGUGAUGCCAGAUUUAGUUCCCAGUCGCGCAUGCGCACUGAUUUUAGCGUCAAUAAAGUAUCUAACACGACCAUAAAACUGGUGCUCUUAGUCUUAGUCGUCCCAAAGAAAAAUAGAAUUACAUAUGAAAAUUGGAAGUACUUCUUAGCAUGCAAUAAUAUUAAUUGUGUGGGUAAAUUGUAACAUUGGGGUAAAGGUUGAAAUAAUUUUACAGACAAAAUAUAUUUUUUAUAAUUAAAAAAAUGGUUCUGUUGGUUUUAACCAAAGAGUAUUAGACUAUUAGUAUUAUUUAGUAUUAUACUACAUUAGUAUUAUUAUUUGUAUUAGACUAAUACUCUUUGGUUUUGACGCCAACCGUUGCUAUAGAAUCAUAGAAUCAUUCGUUGUUUCUAUAGCUACGGCACUGCGCGCUCGGCUUUUUGCGACGCGCAUGCGCGACUGGGAGACAAAUCUGGCAUCACUGUGUCGUGUCGGUGCCGAUACGUGUCGUUGCCGGAACGUGACGUCCGUGCUGUAUAAUUUGAGGCGGUGUCUAGGGUACACAAUAAAGAAACGAACGCACGCGUUCAUAAAAUUGAGUGUAUAAACAUUUAUAUAUCUGCUAUAUCAUUGAGUAACUAUUCAUAUGUUUUAAUAAACAGUGACGAACUAAACUACCAAUGAAUAUUAAUUUAUUUCAUUAAUAUACAACAGUGCGUGUUAUGUUAUAAACAUUCACCGUUCCUUCGACUAAUUACAUAUUCAAGAACUUUUCUUUCUGCUUUUUUUCUUAUUAUCAUAUAUUAUUAUAUUAUAUUUCAUUUUCCCCAUAUUUGGUGCGUAUAUCAUAACGUCAAUUCAUCCACAUAUUUUUACGCGCAAGAAUAUUAAAGAAUGUUAAUGAAUAUUAAAAAUUUAAUUUAUAUUUCAUGCUUAAAUACCUGUAGAAGUAUAUAAAAAAUGAACGACGAACAAUUAAUUGAAUUAAUUCGACAAUAUCCGGCUUUAUACGAUUUGUCAGAUAGUAAAUAUAUGGACACCACUUAUAAAAUUAAUGUUUGGAAUAAGAUUGGGGCGUGGAUGAAAGAAGAUGUGUCAGUAUGUAAAGCCCGAUGGAAUAAUAUAAGAGACAAUUACAGAAGAUCUCUUAAGAAGAUAAUGACUAAAAGCGGGAAAAGUGGAAAAAAAGUCAAAGUUUAUAAAUAUUCGCAGCAAUUAAGUUUUUUGAACCAACAAUUCGACCAAAGAGAAACUAAAGAUAGUAUUGAAAGCCAAGAGAAAGAUCAAACCUUAACAGAAGAAGAACGUGACAUACCAGAAGAAUGCAAAAAGGAAGAAAGCCAAGAAGAAAACGAAUACGUUGUACAUAAUGAUGAAGCGGAAUUAAAUGUUGCAUUACACAUGAAUAACGAUUCACAUAAUCUGAGUUGUACUUCAGAUACAUUUGAAAUUUCCAGAAGGCCAAUUAAACGAAAAGCAAAAACGAGAAACAUAGCGACACCUCAACAAACAGCGACAUCAAAAUUAGUAGAUUAUUUCAUUAAGCAGAAACAAAAUAGCAUCCUGCAGCAUCCCGUAGAUGCAUUCUUGGCUGGCAUUGCACCAACUUUGAAAGCUUUACCUCCGUAUUAUCUACAUUUGGCGAAAUCAGAGAUUUUUUCUGCCGUUCAAAAGUAUGAAAUGAAAAUGUUAACAAAGCAACACUUCUACCAACAUAGUUCUCAACACAGUUCGGCUCAUACUUCCAAUAGUUCAUCACAAAAUACUCCACUACCAUCACCUAAUGAACCAGUUGUACAUCACGAAAAUACAACGGCAACAUUUGAAAAUCCAAACACAUCUAUGUAUUAACAAAAAAAAAAAGAAUAAAGAAAAUAAAACAUUAUUUCUUCCAAAUAUACUAAUUACUAUUAUUUACCUCAAACUAUUAAUCAUCCCUUCUGAGUUAUAGCCUUUCUCCAG